AUGUACGGUGAAACAGGAAACUUCUUUACAGCUAUUCAGCGGCUUGCCAACAAAGUUGAGAUGCACAGUAUAUUGUCGUCCCUGCGGCGAUAUCUUAUCAUUGUUCUUGAUGGUGAAAACACAAUGGAAUCGUCAGGGGUAAGAGCGAGCCAGCUUUUCAGCGCAAUGAACCCAAUCGACAAACUGAUGGAGACUGAAAUGGAAUUUACAGCUUCCACUCACUUAUGUAUGAUUGAAGCUUGUUCUGGCAGUGGGAAGUCGCUGUGCGCUGCCGAUUUCUUUGUUCGACAUCCAGAAGAAUGUAUCUACUUCCUUUUCCGCCCUUCGAACCCAGACAUGGUGCGGCUCAUGUACUCUUACGUAGAAAGCAUCACAGAUCUCAUGGCGUUGGCCAUCAAUACCGACCUGCGCUUGUUGGUGCAGUCUGCACCUCCUACCUCGAGUAUUGAAUCUGUCAGUUUGUCAGCUUUGGAUGUCACAGAUUUUCGACAAACGUGGUACAUACUGGGAGCUCUGGGCUACUUGUGGAAUGAGACGACUACAGUUGCCCCAGUUUCUGUGCAGAAAGCUAGGACAUGGGAACGGCGGCUGGUUCUAAUGGAUGAGACCAUUCCUGAUGAGCAGGACUACACAGCGAUCGCGAAGCUGAUGCUCGUCAAGAGGGUGUUGACAACCGCAGGAAUUCACUGCAUUAUGCUAGGGACGAAUAGUGCGGCCAUGAAUAUGGAUAGGAUCUCAAAGCCUGUCUACGAGCACAGUCGCCAUGAAGGUCGAAUGAUGGUGUGCUUGACGCAUCGCUCGCUUCCUAGAUACCUGCUGUCGUCGAACCAGGACAAAGAAGCGAUGACAAGGGUAUUUGCAGAGGCACGGCUCGAUGAGCUGCUGGACAACGUCAAUCCAUGGCUCUGCUCGCUGUUUUUGAAGUAUUUGAAAAAAGAAGGGGAUACCGUUCCAUGCAGUUUGAUGCGAACGGUCUCCAGCAAGGUCCUCGAAGAAGUGAAGCGGAUCAAAAGGAACCUAAUGGACGAAUCUAUCUAUUGCAUGUUUCAGAUAUCCGCGCACAGCCCUGUCUCUCAGUUGCACAUCUCCAAAGGGUUUGCUCAGCUGAAUGUGCGGCAGAGUAAACCGCCACUGCGAGGCAGCAGUGAAUCUAUGCUUGUUCUGACCCAAGAACAAGACGAUGAGGAAAUGAGAAUCAAGGGCACUCGUCUCCCCGAUCUGAACUCGUGUUUUCCUAGCGCCUUGCGUGACCCCAUCACCGUGGCUGUUUGUGCUGGGGGAGGGCUCCCUUUCUCUCGACGAUCAGCGCUCGAGGUCUUGCAGGGCAUCCACAAGCAGAAGGCAGUUUGGAGUAAUCCCAUUAAUGUGGAUGCGUACAAGUCAGGUGGAGACGAGUUGAAGUCGUUUGGUGCAGUCGUCAUGAUGAUCAGCAGCUGGUCUCCCCCUCAGGACCUUCUGAAGAAUAUCGCUUUUCACUGCGGUAUUCAAAACGACAAGCGAAGUGUCGAUGAGAUUCUUGCUUCUCUCGCAAACAAAGCAAGCUUCGUGGAAAUCCUGAAGACCUGCAUGUCUAACUUAGCUCCUGUGCUAUCGGAUGAGCAGGAGAGUGCAGCUUCGCCGUUCAUGGGCUUUUACAUCCGAAACAGGGACAGAAAGGGCAGGGACGAUGCCUUUACAGGACCAACCUGUGCAAGCGACAAACCUUUGGAGGGAGGAGUGGAGUUCAAGAAUUGGAAGACACCUCUAAGUAGAAAACAGUUUUCAAAGGCGAUCUCUCGCCUCUUGAGUAAGGACCUCGAUGUUUAUGUGUUCAUGGUUCUGGAGUUAUCAGAGACAAUCACAGAGAGCGUCAUUCAACAAUAUAUCAGUCACAGGAAAGCUAGCUACAAGACAGAGUGGCUUGUACUGCAUCUCAAUCGAGAAGGCUGGAGCACCUUUUCAAUUCAGAAUGACGCAUCAGGCACACGGUCGGUCAGUAAAAUCGGAAAAGGCAUCCAUGAGCAAGCGGAGGUUGGUGCGGUCAAGAGAAAAGUGCUGAUGAUCGUGGAGGUUGGAAUCGAUACUCAACCAUUCUGCAGCAAUGAAUGA